UUCAUCAACAAACAAACAAAUUUUUAAUGUAGGAGAGUUUAAAACUGUAACAAACAGCUAUCAUUUUCUUUUUUAACAUCAAGUCGAUCAAGGUGUUUGCAUGUUGAGUUCUACAUUUAUUUUACUAUCAUUAUUUUUGGUAUGGCUGAUAAUGAAAUAAAUAUAAGCACGUCCUUAAAAUCAAUUAUUGAACAAUCGAAAUAUAUUGAUAAUAAUGAUAACUUACUAAAUGCAAUACUUAAAAACGGGAUGAAAGGGCUGUAUCAAUUUCAAGGAGAAAUUGCGCCAUCAACCUUUAAAUGUUUGGUAUACUCAGUUGAAAAACAUUUUACAAACAGUGAAAACUGUCCGGUUGAUGAUGAAUUAAGUUUAAGCAAUUCUUUAAAAUCGAUUAUUAAAGAAACGAAUUAUAUUGAUGAUAAUGAUAUCUUAUUGAACGCAAUUCUUGUAAAUGGGCUUAAUGGACUGUAUGAAUUUCAAAAUGAGAUUGCACCAAAUAAAUUUAAACAUUUGGAAUUAUCAGUUAUGGAGCAUUUAGGAAUAAAAAAUCAAGGUAAUGCUGAUGAUAAAUUAGUUUUAAGAAACUCUUUAAAAUCGAUUAUAAAAGAAUUGAGGUAUAUUGACGAUAAUGAUAGCUUACUAAACGCAAUACUUAUAAACGGGAUUGAGGGGCUGUACGAAUUUCAAGGAGAGAUUGCACCAAAAAGUUUUAAAUAUUUGGAAAUUUUAGUCGGAGAACAGUUAGCUACCAAAAACAAAUGUAUUGUUGAUGAUGAACUAGAUUUUAGAAACUCUUUAAAAUCAAUAUUUAAACAAUCAAAAUAUAUCGAUGUUAAUGAUAUAUUACUAAAUGCAAUUCUUAAAAACGGCAUUAAUGGGUUAUAUGAAUUUCAAGAAGAAAUUGCGCCAAACAACUUCAAAUUUAUGGAAUUUUUAAUUAAAGAACGAUUAGCUACUAAAAAUAAAAAUACUUCUUAUUUAUUUAAUCAACAGAAAGCUAAAAGUGAUUCAGUAAACUUGAUCAUUAAACAUUCGGGUUUUAAUGAUACGAACGGUUUAUUAUUAAAUGCGAUUCUUGAAGAAAGUGCAAUAGGAUUGUAUAAAUAUAAAGAUGAUAUUUCACCUAAAAUAUUUAAAAAAAUAGAAUCAUCAUUGAAUGAACUAAUAUCUAGAAAUUACCAAAAUAAUUACAAUCAAGACUCAAAAAACAAUCAGAGCAAGUUUGUUAACUAUCAACUUCAAGAUAUACGUCAAGAAACAUUUACUGAUGAAAUUAUUACCAAAUUAGAUAAGCAAAAUAAAAUAUCAACUUUGAUGCCCGACUGUUUUGAGAAGUAUAUUUCAAGACUAAUUUAUCUUAUUCGUUUAAAACUUUUACCCGACAACAACAUUACCCGCUCAUUAAAGAAACAAGAAGAACCAAUAAAUUUUGACAAUUAUAUGUCUUUAUAUGAGAAACUUUCUACUGAAGAAAUCAAUUUUAAUAUAGAAGCAAAAGAACAUUUGACAAGAGCCUUGGACCUAAUAAAAAUGAAUGACUUUAGUUCAGCACUUCAAAGUCUUGAAUCUUUGUUUAAACAAAUUCAACCUCUGGAUAUUAAAGAAAUAAUUUAUCUCAUUGAAAAAGCAAAUGAAACUUAUAAAUUGAUUGAAAAUCGUGACGUAAUACUUUUAUUAGGAAUGACGGGUUCUGGUAAAACAGCCACUAUUCAUUUUUUAUCUGGUUCUAAAAUGAUUAAACAAAAAAUAGAAAUUGAACCUGGUAAGUUUCUAAAUCAUAUUACAGCAGCAGAACCAUUUCCGGAUGCUUUAUCUAAUUUUGUUAUAAGCUGCCAUGCCGAAUCGGAAAGCAGAUACAUAAAUCCGAUUCAAAUCAAUUUAAAAGAUUUGGGUGCAUUUACUGAUAAGUUUAUAAUAUUAUGCGAUUCACCCGGCUUUGGUGAUACUGCUGGUCCUGAAGUGGAUAUUGCUAAUAGUAUUAGUUUAGUUGAAGGAAUCCGAUCUUGCAAAAGCGUUCGACCAGUUUUUUUAAUAAAUUAUCAAAAUCAAGGUGGUCGAGGUGAAGGUAUUCGCGAAAUGACACGAAUGAUUCAGGAUAUGGUUAUAAACAUUGAAGAAUAUUUGUCUACAUUUUCUUAUUUAUUUACUAAGUAUCCAGAAAAUGACAUUUACGCAAGUCUUCUUAACAUUUACCGAAGCAUUGAAAAGUUGUCCGAGCCUAGCGACGAAUCAUUCAAAGCUAUUUUUGAAGAUAUGCUAAAAAAAACUAAAAAAAACGGGUUAUAUUUAGACCUUAUUAAUCAUGGCCCAUUAGAUGUUUUAAAUAAGAUUAUUAAUACACCUUGCAUUGACGAUCCGAAACGAGUGUUUAGGUACACAAUGACCGAACGAUCAAAAAGUACGUUGCACAAGCAAGCCGAAUACAACAAGUCUGCUAUAAUAUGUGCCGCUAAGAACCACAAUUAUAAUCUGAUAAAAUAUAAAAUACUUGAACUUAAAUUUUUGUGUGACACUUUAGGAUUAAACGAGCUUAAGCAAAUUUUGAAAGAAACGAUUGAUUUUGUAUGCAAUCAUAUUGAGAGAUGUUACGAAGAUACAAAAGAAAGACUUAGCAGAUGUCUCGAAAAUCAAAACAAACUAUCGUUUGAUGAUCUAGAUUAUUAUGUUUCUCAAAUUGAAAAAUUUAAAGACCUACAUAUUUUUAAAGAUAGUGAGUACCUAGCAAAAAUAAGUUGUUUAAGCGAGGCAUUAGUCCAAAAUUUGCGUUUAAAAUCUAUUGAAGAAUCAAACAAUUUUAUAACUCUGGACAUAUUUUACAAUGAAUACUCUAGAACAUCGUUGCAUAAUUUAAAAAUUAUUACUGGAAAGUGUGACAACCAAAGCUACAUUAAUGCUUGUCAAUUUGUAAUUGAUCAGGUAAACACAAUCCAAUCAAAACUUGAAAAUGUUUUGGAAAAAAAUGAUUUCAAUGCGUCUGCUAAUCCACUUCAACAUUCUAAAAUUAUUUGUAUUAAGUUUUCUGACCAUGAAAAUCUAGUAACGCAAGUCAUUUCCAUUUACGAAAAUCUUAGAACAUUAGUCAUAUCAAAGUUAAAAAAAUUGUCAGAAAGUUGUGAACACUUAUUUGCACAGCAAUAUUUAACUGAUAAUGACUUGUCUGAUAUCAAUGACUUUCUUCAAAUUUUACAAAACGCCAAACACAUUAACUUGUUAUGCGAACAUAUCUCUAAAGAUGAAAUAAACAAACACUGUGAAACCUUUCUGAGCAAAAUAGUUCUUUUUUUUGAUAAUUUAAACACUGAAAUCAAUCAUCUCUUUAAAAAUGAAAAGUUUAAAGAAAUGGAAAGAGUUUAUAAGCAAAUGCAAUUGGUCCGUCGAAUUGGAAUUGUUGAGCAACGGACCGCUGAAAUGUACUAUUCGACUAAUCAAAGUAUUACUGGUUACAUGAAAAGCUUAAGUGAUGACACAGAAAAACUACUAAACAACAAAAACAAUGAUACUGUUGACUACAGCAAGUUGUUUUCAAAUCUCAAAAAUCUAAAAGAUGCUGAGUGGCUAAAUAAGCAUAAAUGGGGCUAUUAUGACAGUGUCAUUCAAGACAUUCAAAACAAUCUAACAGGCUGGGCGUUUGGUUUAUGUGAGACAGUUAUUGAAACAAAUUUGGACUUAGAGCUAAAAAAAGUAGAUAAAACACUGCAGCAGCUUGACAAUUUGAAAAAGUGUCAGGAUAGUGUUCCAGACAUUCAAAAAUAUCAUGAUCAAUCGUUCAAACAUUUUAAUAAUUCGGUAGAAAAAAGCCUUGUGAGUAUUAAAAAUACUUUUUGUUUAGAAAAAUAUAGCUUGAAUAACUUAAAAAGUAGAAAAAAUAAAAUGAUAAAUAUUUUAACCGAAUACCAAUUGAUGCAGGCAAAUUUUUUAUAUUUAAAAAGCGAACAUUACGAUACAUUAGAACAGGUAGAUGAGAAAAUUAUAAGCCUCACAAACAAUAUUAAUGGUAUUGAAAAAAACAUUGAACAACACAAUUUAAAACAAAAUUGGUAUAAUGAUAUUUUAAACAAGUACAGUGCUACUUUAAAGGGACCUAAAACAGACAAAGGUAAAAAAAUUUUAAUGUCGUAUAAUUUUAAAAGUAUUGAAGAUCUUUUUAAUACUGAUAAUGAAAACAAAAAAAAAUUAGUGACCUAAAAAAUACAAUUGACCAAAUUAAGCAUCAAAUUGGUCAUCUUAAAAUGAUAAAGUCAAAGUUCAAUGAGUUGUCAAAUAAAAAUUUACCAUCUGAUAAAG